AUGACUCCACCUAUGGAAAAUCCUCAUUUCAAAUUAAAUAGUUCAAAAGGUGAGACUUUCCAAAAGCUGGACUUUAUCAGUGCUGCAGAGGAAUCCAGGAAACACAUAAACACCUGGGUAGCCCAAAGGACAGAAGGAAAAAUUACAGACCUGCUGUCUCCAAAUUCAGUGGACCCCAUGACUUGUCUGGUUCACGUGAAUGCCAUCUACUUCAAAGGAAACUGGGAGAAUCAGUUUAACAAACAGCACACCAAGGAAAGGCUGUUCAAAGUCAGCAAGAAUGUGGAGAAGCCGGUGCAAAUGAUCUUCAAGAAAUCCACCUUUAAAAUGACCUACAUUGGAGAGAUAUUCACGAAGAUUCUGGUGCGUCCCUACGUCGGCAGGGAGCUCAAUAUGAUCAUCAUGCUUCCCGAUGAAAACACCAAUUUGAAAACGGUGGAAAAGGACCUUGUUUGUGAGAAAUUCAUCGAGUGGACGAGGCCGGACCUGAUGGAGGAAGAGGUGGAGGUGUCCCUGCCCAGGUUUAAGCUGGGGGAGAGCUACGACAUGGAGGAUGUCCUCCGCACCCUGGGCGUGACUGACGUCUUCGAGGACACCAGGGCGGAUUUCUCCGCGAUGUCGGCCCGGAGGGACCUGCGCCUGUCCAGGGUUAUGCACAAGACCUUUGCGGAGCUGGACUUUAUCAGUGCUGCAGAGGAAUCCAGGAAACACAUAAACACCUGGGUAGCCCAAAGGACAGAAGGAAAAAUUACAGACCUGCUGUCUCCAAAUUCAGUGGACCCCAUGACUUGUCUGGUUCACGUGAAUGCCAUCUACUUCAAAGGAAACUGGGAGAAUCAGUUUAACAAACAGCACACCAAGGAAAGGCUGUUCAAAGUCAGCAAGAAUGUGGAGAAGCCGGUGCAAAUGAUCUUCAAGAAAUCCACCUUUAAAAUGACCUACAUUGGAGAGAUAUUCACGAAGAUUCUGGUGCGUCCCUACGUCGGCAGGGAGCUCAAUAUGAUCAUCAUGCUUCCCGAUGAAAACACCAAUUUGAAAACGGUGGAAAAGGACCUUGUUUGUGAGAAAUUCAUCGAGUGGACGAGGCCGGACCUGAUGGAGGAAGAGGUGGAGGUGUCCCUGCCCAGGUUUAAGCUGGGGGAGAGCUACGACAUGGAGGAUGUCCUCCGCACCCUGGGCGUGACUGACGUCUUCGAGGACACCAGGGCGGAUUUCUCCGCGAUGUCGGCCCGGAGGGACCUGCGCCUGUCCAGGGUUAUGCACAAGACCUUUGCGGAGAGUUCUGACCAUGUAACAGGAAGUGUUAACCCAGUUGCUGAUGGAAUGCAACUGCACAUAUCAAAAUUACGAUCCUGGGGUAACUGUCAGCUUACUGCAUUAGCUAAGGAUAAAAUUACAUUGUGA